AUGAAUUCUAAAAAUGUGGAUAAAGCGUUAAUCAGAAUGGUGUGCAUUGAUUUUCAACCGCUUCAAGUCGUUGAAAAUAAAGGUUUUCAAGAUUAUACUCUUGCCCUUAACCCUAAUUACGAGCUACCUUCGCGGAAGAUUCUUUCGGAAAAAUUGAUUCCGGAGCAAUAUUCUAUGGCAAAAAAGGCUACGCAAGAGAUGCUUAAAGCAACAGAUUAUAUUGCUUUGACAACAGAUUUGUGGACAUCCGAUAGUAGCAGAAGUUAUAUGACCCUGACAAUACACUUUAUUAAUAAAGACAAAUUUAAAUCUUUGACAUUAUCCACCAGAGAAGUUAAAGAUGCCCAUACGUCAGAAAAUUUAGCUCACGAAAUGAGAGACAUAUUAGAAACUGAAUGGAAUAUUUUGGACAAAAUCAUUUGCGUUACAACUGACAACGCUGCUAAUAUAAAAAAAGCUGUUAUUGAUUUUCUGUAUAAACGUCACCUCAGUUGUGCAGCUCAUACUUUGAACUUAGUUGUUCAAUAUACUAUUAAGGAAAAUGAAGUAUUAAUUAGAUUGGUUGAAAAGUGUCGAGUAAUAGUAGCCUAUUUCAGAAGAAGCAAUAAUGCUGCAUAUAAAUUAAAACAGGUUCAAGAACAAAUGCAGCUAGAACCCUUAACACUAAAACAAGAUGUCCAGACUAGAUGGAAUUCGGUUUAUUAUAUGCUCGAACGUCUCGACAAGGUCAAGAUACCUCUUUCUGCUACAAUCACUUUAUUACCUGGCUGUCCAGAUAUUCUUAAUGCUGAAGAAUGGAUAGAGGUGCACGAGUGCCUUUGCAUUUUGAAACCUGUGGAACAAAUGACGAGUAUUAUAUCUGGCGAGCAAUAUCCAACAUUAUCCUGCAUCAUACAUCUUGCGCGCGGCUUACAAGUGGUGCUAAGAAAUUGUGGUCCUAAAUCUGAAGUCGUUAGCAGGUUAAACACAAAAUUAUUGGACGUGUUCGAUAGAAGAUUUGGCAGUCAUGAAAUUAACAAAACUGCUGCUAAAGCAACUUUCAUAGAUCCAAGAUUUAAGAAAGCUGGUUUUGGGAUCGAGCGAAAUGCAGAUAAUGCUCAAAAAUUUGUUGUUGACGAAUUGAUGAUGUUAGUAACAUUGGAAUCUCAAGCUCAAUUCCAGGUCCCAAAUAGAUCUCCACAGCCUACUUCACCUCUCGAAACACCUUCAACUUCAUCUUCAGAUUCUCAGCAGAUAACUUCUGGAGUGACUGGCGAGAAUUUAUGGGAGCAUCUAGAUAAAAGGGUAUUGGAAUUUUCUAGCAUGGAAAACCCAUCAACAUCAGCAAUUAUCAAGGUGAAACAGUAUGUAAAGCUACCGUAUUUGGAUAGAAAAGCCAAUCCACUUACAUUUUGGGAACUUCGCAAAGUCACCAACAACGGUCUAUAUAAAAUAGCUUUAAAGUAUUUAUGCAUUCCAGCCACUUCUGUGCCUUCGGAACGAGUUUUCUCUAAGGCUGGACUCUUAUGCAAACCAACGUCGUAA